AUGACAACUACAAUAUCAUUGAUGCUUCAAUGUACUCGAUUAAAUCUCACUUUACCACGUGAUAUAAUAUAUGAAUAUGUUGAAUAUAUACUUAAACAUAUACGAAAUAUAAAGGAUUUAUUUUUAUGGGAUUGGUCGCAUUUAUUAGAUACAAAAAAACGAAAAUCGUUAUUGUCAAUAUAUUGUCCAAAAUUAUUGAAACUUGACUUUAUAUGUACUGGUAAUGUUAAUGAUGAUGAUUUUGAUGAUGCUGAAGAUAAUUUUGAACAAGAUGGUGCAACCAUACGAUUUUGGAUUGAACGAAAUGAUAGAAUUAUCUAUGACGGAGACUUUUCUGCACAUGAUUAUCGUGAUGAUAUUGUAGUUAGGUUUAAUAUUCAAAAAAAUGAAUCAAUACAAAAGACUUAUUGUUAG